AUCUACUCCUACAAUAAGCUGAGUGUAAUCUUUUCAUCUGCGACUGUUUAGUUGAAGCCACUAAGUCUAAAGAAUAUUUGGGAGAGUUGGUUUGCCCAGUGCGUGAAAAAAUGGGAGCCUCUGGACCGAGGCGUGAUAUAUAUUUUAUUUAUACGAAGCCUCGUGACUAGCGUACAUCUGCUUGUAAACACGCUCUUUCUCACAAAUCCGCGAAUCUCGCAGCAGUUCAGUAUGUGAUCAAGUUUUAGACGGACAGCAAAGCAAAGUCGCUGCUUGCAACUGGCUAAAAGGAAGCCAUGGGCAUAGCUGUGUCGAGAGCGACCGUAGCUCGCAAGAAAAUGAAGCAAAAAAUCGAGCCGAUAACAUUUCCCAUUUCUGUUUACGAUAAAUACUUGCUGAAGUCUAGCUGGAGGCAGCUCGAGGCAAAGCAAGUUGAAUUCGGUGUUGGACUCUUUCAAAGUGUCUUCUUGAAGCGCCCCGAACUGAUCAACAAAUUUCCUGAAUUCAAAAGUAUGGAUGAUCUAGAAGAAAUGAAAAGUUGGCAUUUGCUAAAAGGGCACCCAAGAAAAUUAUCCUUUGCAUUCAAUCUUGCCAUAGACUCGAUUGAUGAUGGACUUGCCUUCAUUGAAAAGAUAGAGAGCAUAGGAUACAAACACAUUGACAAAAUGUCGGAUAACGACAUGGAGCUUAUGGGGGCUGCAAUUAUCGAAACGGUCAGAGACUUGACACCAGCUGGAUUGUGGACAAGAGACGUCGAGAAAGCAUGGAAAUCAUUGUAUAGUUACAUUUGUAAAUUAUUCAAGGACAGCAUCGAAAAGGCAAAAUCUACAACCUGUUGAAACACAUGUUUUCAGUACAGGUACGGGCCUAACAAACUUGGGAAAAUGCUGAGCCAUUUUGAGAAUCUAUUGAAAGAAACAGCAAUUUUUUGGCCCUUCAGUAAAUGAUUGUUGAGCCACAAAAUCAUUCAUCGUUGUGUCUGAAAAACAAAAAUCGCAAAAAAUCUUUCUUACCUAGCUAUCGACUACAAAAUUUAAACCCAGUGACUUCUGGUUAUAGGCCUAUAUCUUUCCAUUCCCAUAGUUUCAUUAAUUAACUAUUCCCUCCUCCCAAUUAGAAAACAUGCAAGGGAGAUAUUUGUUCCCACUGUGUUUUCGAGAUAUGUUGUACAAUUUGAUGACUAAAUUUUUUCUAUUCAAUAUUCCCUCCACAUUGUCCCCAAGGGCGCGGCCCUUGCCAUUGAGAUUAUACCGCUGGUGAACAUUUCGCUGCUUUCCUUUGUAUGGGAGUUUCAAUUUUAGGCAUAAUUCGUUUUGCUUAAACAUCGCCGGGCUUACAGAUUAUCUGUUUACCAAAUUUUCUCUCAACAGACUUCAACCCGGGUUAAAAAACGUGUUAAGCUCGAUCUGGGUAGAGAUUCCAUUGGAGGAAUUUCUAGCACAAUCGGCACGAAAUUCAACGCGGGUUGAUUUUUUUCCUGUAAGGGGCCACAAAGGUUGGCUGACUCGCAAAACUUUAUUUUGAACAGUAAGUGAGAUCCAUAUAUCGAUACCCACGACAACAACUGGCUUGCAAUCGAAGGCACCAUUAAGCUAAAUAAAAAUCUCUUGAAACCAGUGGCGGCGUCAAGAGGUGGUAUGCCGUCAAGAGCCCCCCCCCCCCAUUUUAGGCGAAACAUGGUCUACAUAUUUCGUCUAAAAACGGAUUAGAAAGCACUAGGUAAGGGUAGAUCACAUUUCCUAAGGAAAUUUGACCUGAUAUAAAUAACUGAAACGAGGUCAAUAGGGCGUGGUCUCAUGGGCGACACCCAUUAUUCUCCCACUCUGCAGUAGCUGGCGCCGCCACUGCUUGAAACUGCAAUACAGUGAAACUCAUUAAAGUACCUACUUUCAUAAUAACUUGAACCCAAAAAGGGAUAUUUUAUGCCACUUUCAUAAACACCUUAUAAACCUAAAUUUCAAACAAUGGUCGUAUUUAAAUGGUUUAGAAUUCUUUAAACUUACAUUUUCAGAGCAGAUUUCAGUGGUGCAGUACAGUCAACAUAUAAAUAAAAAAAAUGAAGCAACAAGACUUGAAUAUCUGAAAAGAUGAAAUUAAAGACCACGUUCGAAUCAACUAGACCGUUAGGCCCCUUUUUGUUAAAGACACUGACUAGGCUAAACUGAAAAAUGUAGGUUCUUCUAUGCGGUUUUCUACUGUAUCAAUCAUUCCAAGCUUAUAUUCCGGCCACUAUUUUUCCUUAUUCUUCCCCAUUGCUUGAUGACUUUUUAUAUUAUUUGUUUGCACCAAAACGACUGAGAGUCAAAAGUAAACCGUGUCGUGCCACCCACGAUUCAGAUUGCAGGACAUUUAGACAAAUAUAAAGACCGACAUAGUAAAAUGGAAAGAAUGCUAAAUGAGGACAGGGAAUAUCAAAUCUUAGUAGAUCGUGGAGAGAGAUCGAUAUAUUGGGAAAUAUUAAAAAAGAUACCAAGCAAGUAACACAGCACAAAAGAAAGGUGCAUUGUAAAUGUAAACGGGACGCACAGCGAAAGCUUAUUUUGCAUAAGGUUUUGUAAGUAUGGGUAGACACACGAAAAGCUAUGGUGCACGUAUUACAAACUGAAAUUUUAUAAAAGCAACCUUGUCUAUGUUUUUAAGUUGAUUCAGC